AUGGGAGGCAUCGCCCACCCCUUUAUGCUAUUCGCUUUUCUGUUCGUCGCAUUUGCCUCGACGGCAUCUGCAGCAUCGGCAGUGCUAGGAAUUGAUCUCGGCGGUACAUACAUCAAAGCAGCAAUCGUAAAGCCCGGAGUUCCCCUCGAUAUCGUUCCCACCAAGGACUCAAAACGCAAAGAGGCCGCUGUUGUUGGUUUCAAGCCUGUAUCUGGUUCCGCUCUCGAAUUUGGCUCAUACCCGGAAAGACUUUACGGCGGAGAUGCUCUAGCCCUUGGUGGUCGCUUCCCUAGCGAUGUCUUCACAAACCUCAAGUCCCUCCUCGGCCUCGUUCCUGGCGAACACGCCGACAACAUGAUCAAAAACUACCACGCACGCCACCCCGCAAUCAAGUCAAACUUUGAGGAAGAGAAGGGAGCAGUCUCGUUCGUUCCCAGUGCCUUCAGCUCAUCUGAAGCACCAUGGAGCCUCGACGAGCUGCUGGCCAUGGAGCUCAAGAACAUUCGCACAAAUGCCGAGGCCAUGUCUGGCGGCAAGGGAGGCUCUGUCACAGACGCCGUCAUCACUGUUCCCGUCCACUGGACUGCCGAUGAGAGACGUGCCAUCGAACGUGCCGCUGAUCUGGCUGGCAUCAACAUUAUGAGUCUUGUCAGCGACGGACUGGCUGUUGGUAUCGAUUACGCCGUCAAGCGCACUUUCCCUAGUGUCAGCAAGGGCGAGAAGCCCGAGUACCACAUGGUCUUUGACAUGGGUGCCGGUUCGACGACUGCUACUGUACUCAGAUUCUCUUCCAAGGACGUCAAGGACAUUGGUCGCUUCAACAAGACUAUUCAAGAGGUCGCCGUCAUGGGUGCUGGCUGGGACAGGACUCUUGGAGGAGACGAGCUCAAUGCACUUAUUGUGGACUACCUCGUCGACAGUUUUGUCGCUAAACCCCAGGCUGUCAAGGCUGGCAUCACUGCCGAAGAGGUCAAGAGCCACGGUAGAACAGCUUCCAAGAUUUGGCGUGAAGCCGAGCGCGCAAGACAGGUUCUCAGUGCCAACUCUGACGUUAGAUCGAGCUUCGAGGGCUUGUACAAGGACAUCGACUUUGCUACCAAGCUCACCAGAGCCGAGUUUGAGAAGAUGGCCGCCUCUCAAGCUGACCGUAUUGAGGCACCUGUUCAACAGGCUCUGGAUGCUGCUAAACUGUCUUUCAAGGAUCUUGACUCUGUCAUUCUUCACGGCGGAGCUAUCAGAACACCAUUUGUUCAGAAGAAGCUCGAGUCCAUGACUGGCAAGAACACCGAAGUUCGCAGCAACGUCAACUCCGAUGAAUCGGCCGCUUUCGGUGCCGCAUUCAAAGCUGCUGGACUCAGCCCUAGCUUCCGUGUCAAGGAGAUUAGAGACCUUGAAGCCGCUGUCUACCCCGCUGGUAUUAAGUAUCCUUCAGACGGCAAGGAGAGACAGCAAAAGCUGUUCGUUCCUACAUCUCAGGCUGGAUCCGCCAAAGAGAUCACCAUCAAGAACCUUGACGACUUCACCUUCAACAUCUUCCAGACCGUUGGCAGUGUUGAGCGUCCGGUCACCGAGGUGCAGACCCAGAACUUGACCGCUUCUGUCGAGGCUCUGACCACCAAGUUUGGCUGUGCUAAGGAUGAGAUUUCGACCAAGCUCAAGCUCCGUAUCAGCCCUGUCGAUAGCAUCCCUGAGCUUGUUGCUGCUUCUGUCAGCUGUGAAGUCGAGGGCGGCAAGGCCGCUGGUCUUGGAGAUUCAGUUAAGGGUCUCUUCGGAUUUGGAUCUAAGAAGGGCGAUCAAGAACCUCUUGUCGAAGAUGAGGAAGUCGAGACUGUCAAAGAAUCCAGCUCAUCGUCUGCCAGCUCUUCCUCCAGUACCGCCAACGCCAAAUCAAGUGGUUCGGCCACUCCUGAAGCCGACAGCAAGAAGAAGCGCACCGAGACCAUCCCUGUCAAGUUCACCACUGUUGUCAAGGGUCUUCCUCAACCUGCACCUGAAGAGAUCAAGCGCAUGAAGGAGCGUCUCGCUGCCUUUGACCGUUCAGACAUGUCUCGCAUCCAGAGAGAAGAGGCCUUGAACGUUCUCGAAGCAUACACUUACCGCACCAGAGAUUUGCUCGAAAACUCUGACUUCAUUGGUGCCUCGACCGAGGCUGUCAGAGAUCAGUUGACCUCUUUGCUCAGCAGCACUAGCGACUGGCUGUAUGGCGAAGGCUCUUCCGCAAAGGCCGAGGCUUUCAAGAGCAAGCUGAAUGACCUCAAGGCCAUUGUCGACCCCGUCCAGAAGCGUAGAGAGGAAGCUUCAGCACGUCCCGAGAUCCUCAAGACGUUGCAGAGCUCGCUCGACCAGACCAAGUCAAUGGUCGACCUCAUCCGCAAGCAGAUUGCUGAGUCGGUUUCCUCUGCCUCCGAAGCUGCUUUGUCGAGCAGCACAACCGCCGAAGCCAGCCCUAGCCCUAGCUCUGCUGACGAUUUGGACGAUCUCGAAGAACCUGAUGCUUCAUCGACUUCCUCAUCAGCCAAGGCCAGCGAGUCACCUUACUUCUACACUUAUACCGAAGAAGACCUUACAUCCAUUAGCAAGGUCUACGACAGCGUCGCCGAAUGGGUCAAGACCAAGGUGGCCGAGCAAGACAAGCUCCAAGCCUUUGAGGACCCCGCCUUUACAGUCAAGGAAAUCGAAACCAAGGCUAAGGAGCUCAACAAGGCACUCAUGGACGUGGUGACCAAGAAAAUGCAGAUGCCUAAGCGCAGCACUAGCAGCAGCUCUAAGAAGCCUAAGGCUACUAAGAGCAAGAAGGCAAAGUCGAGCAGUGAGACGUCGUCGGCGUCAGAGUCUGCUUCUGCAAGCCCUUCUGUUGUGGUUGAGGAGCCUGAAAAGCCUAUCGAGCAUGAAGAGUUGUAG